CCCCUCCUUGGCGGGACGGAGCGCCGCCAGCCUCUGAGUCCGCCGCUAUCCCGUCGUGCCUUGGGCCCAGCUUCCGGCUGGCCUGGCGCCUGCCGUUUUCUCCUUCCGUCCUCCAUCUCCGGCCGUAGAGGACACGGGCCGUCUCGGGAUGUUGGCUGCUAGGGCAUUUAGCCUUAUUGGCAAGCGGGUUUUGUCCACUUCUGUUUGUAUAAGAGCUCAUGGACAUGAAGUUACAAAAGCACCAGCGUAUACUCAGCCAAUAUAUGAAGAUUACCCUCUUAUUCCUUUGCCGGAUAUUCCAUUUGUACAAGACCUCACUCCUGAGCAGAAAGCUCUGAAAGAAAAAGAGAAGGGAUCUUGGAGUGCCCUUACACCCGAUGAGAAGAUUGCUUUAUACCACAUCAAAUUUGACAGGACAUUUGCUGAAAUGCUCAAGCCGUCAAACGACUGGAAGACAGCUAUAGGUGUAGCUGGCUUCAUGAUUGGCCUCGGUGCUUUAUUUUUCAUCUGGGAGGUACUGUUUGUUCUGAAACCAGUCCCACACACUUUAUCGGAAGACUGGAAGGCCAUGGAGCUCAGAAGGAUGCUAGAUAUGAAAUCGGACCCAAUUACUGGCCUUUGCUCAAAGUGGGAUUAUGAGAAGAAUGAAUGGAAAAAAUAAAAGCCUUUAGGAACCAGGGCUUCGCUUUGGGUUUGAAGUUCUGAAAGCA